ACACCAUGAAGAUCGCAUCUUUCAACAUCAGACGUUUGGGUCCAAGCAAGCUGUCAGACAAAAACAUUGUAAAAUAUCUCAUUAAGAUCUUCUCUCGGUACAGUAUAAUCAUUCUUCUUGAGGUGGUGGACAAAUCGGGCAAAUCUCUAGACAAAUUUCUGCAGGAGCUCAACAGCACCGGAGCUAAUAAGAAACGCCCCUUCACUAUGGUGGGAAGCUCCAGGCUGGGACGGACUCUUUAUAAGGAACAGUUUGUCUGUUUUUACAGACAAAGUGAGGCCGAGCUGGUCGACACGUACCAAUACGAAGACAAUCAAGUGGGUGACGAGGAUGCUUUCUCUCGGGAGCCCUUCAUCUUGCGUUUCUGCUGUAAACACACAGUGCUAAAAGACUUGGUGUUGAUCCCUGUUCACACAAAGCCCAAAGACUCACAGAAGGAACUAGAUGAACUAUACGACGUCUUUCUGGAUGUCAAAGAUAAAUGGGAAACGGAUAAUGUCAUGAUUCUUGGAGACUUCAACGCGGACGGCGCCUACGUCUCCAAGAAGAAGAUGAAGUCCAUUAGGAUCCGCAGCGAUCCUGAUUUCCACUGGCUGAUUGGGGACGAUGUGGACACCACAGUUAUCCGGUCCAACGAUCACACUUACGACAGGAUCGUGGUGUACAAAGAGGACAUGCUAAACUCUCUUUUUUUUCCUUCUGCAAUUGGGUCGCUGUCUGUGCCAAGAUCUGCAAAAUCUUUCAACUUUCAGGAAGCCUACAAACUUUCAGACGAACUUGCCCUGGAAAUCAGUGAUCAUUACCCAGUGGAGGUGAGUCUGAAGAAGUCGUCUGCGGCAAAGACCGGCGGCAAAACCAAAGCCAAAACGCAGAAGCGCAAAGCAUGAUGGGAUGCCAAUGCACGCUGCAAACUUAAUUUCGCUCCACUGAAGGAGAGAUGUUACCUCUUCACAAAAAAAUUCAGGUCUUAAAAAUAAUUUAAGAGCAGUUAACUUUUCAUGCCAAUUUAAUUACGGUUUACUUCAAAUGCUUAUAAAUUAUGCAAAUCUCAAAAUAAACUUUUCAUUUGUA